ACGGUGCACUAGGUGGCUCGCUGCCUUCGUCUCCGACCAAGUUUCUGGCCUUGUACUGGUCAUCAUCUGUAGUGGCGUCAACGCUGGCGACAUUCAUGGAGGGCUGCCUGACGUGCCCCAAGGACUGGAUGGAAUGGGAGGACUGGACAUGCAAUUCGGAGCCAUGGGAGGAGCUGGUGGCCCAGGUCCAAUGGGAGAAUUGGGGCCACAUGGCGGUCCCUAUGACGGCGCAGGCCCGGGUGGCCCUGGGCCCGAUAUCCCUCCUAACGUUCUCGAUAAAAGAGGCUACGGAGAGCCCGAGGCAGGACCCAACGGCGACUAUGGUGGCUUUGAUGGCCCAGGCGGACCAGGCCAGGGUCUACGUCUCGACAUCGGCAUGGAACAAGGCGGACCUGGUCACGCUGGGCCUGGUGGCACCAGCGGGCUCGACAGUGCUGCUAGCCACGAAGGACCCUUUGGGUUCGGAGGCCUAGGUGGGCUCGGCAGCCACGGUGGCUUGGGCUUUCUCGGUGGCUUGGGCGGCGCUGGUGGCUUCGAUGGUUUUGGUGGUCUAGGUGGCCAUCGCAGCAGUAUCGGCCAAGGUGGACUUGGAGGCGAACAUGGCGCGCAGCUUGGUGCUGGUGGAAUUGGUGGACAUGGGGGUGAACUUGGUGGUUUCGCUAGUCAGAGACUUGGACAAAGUGGAUACAGUGGAAAUGGUUUACUUGGACUUGGAGGUAUGGGCGCUAUGGGUGGUUUUGUUGGCCUUGAAAAACAAGGCAUGUCUUUUGGAGCUGGAGGACCCUCAGGAGGAUUGCAUGCAUUUGCUGGUGGAAAUGGAGUCAAUGGACUCGACUCGAGAGGAGGUGUGAACGGUGGUUCUGCUGGUGGAAACGGUGGUUAUGGGGGAAUUGACAGUAAAGGCAGUGCAGCGGGCGGACAGAGGGACGGAGGUCAAGGAGGUGCGUAUGGUGGCCAAGAAUACAGAGCAGGUGGAGGUGGUGGUUACAGCGGCACCAGCGGUCUUGCUAACGAAGGCGGCGGGCAAGGAGGAGGCUAUGGAGGACUUCGUGGCUAUGCUGGAGAGCGCGGAGCUUUAACAGGAGGCUACGGAGACCUACGUGCGAAAGGUGGAGCUGGCGGUUUUGGUCGCCAAGGUGGACAUAAUGGCGGAAAUGGAGGAUUCGGACAGGGGUACGGAGGCCAAGCAUCCAAUGCAGGUGCAAGUGGCGGCUUCAGUGGAACUGGUGGAUAUGCCAGUGGAGGAGGAAAUCUUGGUGGCAGCUAUGGGUCUGGUGCAUAUGCUGGCGGAAGCGGAGGAGAUCGAGGAGGCGAAAGCCUUGGCAGUGGCUACGGCGGUUCUGGUGGAUAUACCGGAGGAAGUGGAGGAGGCGGAACUGGAGGCCUUGGCGGUGGAUACGGCGGUUCUGGUGUAUACGGCGGAGGAGGAGGAGGCCUUGGUGGGGAUUACAGUGGUUCUGGUGGAUAUGCCGGAGGAGGUGGAGGUCUUGGUGGCGGCUACGGCGGUUCUGGUGGAUACGCUGGAGGAGGAGGAGGAGGAGGUCUUAGUGGCGGCUACGGCGGUUCUGGUGGAUACACCGGAGGAGGUGGAGGAGCAGGAGGCGGAGGUCUUAGUGGCGGCUACGGCGGUUCUGGUGGAUAUGCCGGAGGAGGUGGAGGAGCAGGAGGCGGAGGCCUUGGUGGCGGCUACGGCAGUUCUGGUGGAUAUACCGGAGGAGGUGGAGGAGGCGGCGGUGGAUACGCCGGGCCUGGUGGAUAUUCGGAUGAAGGAGGAGCCGAAGGUCUCGGUGGUGGUGGCUACGGUGGUCAAGAUGCAAAAGGUGGUGGAGAUGUUAGCUACCGAGGAUCUGCUAUGCUAUCAUACCAAUAUGGAGGGCUUGGAGGGAGUUACCUUCCGAGUAGUGGUACGAAUGGAAAAGGUGCUGCAUUUGGUACGUCUGGCGGUGGUGGUGGUGGAAGCAAGGGACAAAGCGGUAGUGGUCGAAAAGGCCGCAGCUUCGAUAACUCUGGAAAAAAGGGCAGCAAGGGAGGCAAGAGUCAGGACGACGCUAGAGAUGACGUAAGCGGUGACGUUAGUGGGCUCACAGAAGCAGAGAUAAAGCUCAGGCAAGCGCAAAUAAUACGCCUUGCCCGAUUUACAGCACUUCAAGCGACCGCGCGGAUGUCUGAUGAACUUGGACAAGGCGUUGUUUUCCUGCCAGCUGUUGCAACAGGCACCGCUGGCCUAGGACACCUAGGCUCAAGCGCUGUGAGUCUGAAUGACGCCGGAGCUGGCCUCCCAGGUCUCGGCCUUUCUGGCGUCGGAGAUCUCGGUGCAGGCGCAAGUCUUGGUGCUGUGAGUUUGGGUCUCAGUGCCGAAGGCGCUGCUUUUAAUGGAGGUGUCGGCCACGGUGGUGGAGCAGCGGGUGUCGUCGCCGCUUUGCCUGUUCCCGUAUCGGUGGCUGUGGAAAAGGGAGAAUUCGCCAAGGAGGAGGCCUUGCAGGACCCGUACCAUUAUUACAAGUUCAUGGACAGUAUGCCCACGGCAAAGGCCGUCAACUACCCAGUCUUCAAGCUCCAUCACAACUUUGGGCCCGACGUAUCCGUCAGCCACUCGGUGAAGCAUGUUGGCAACGGUUUUGUGUAUGGCCAUCCCCACAACAAUGUCCAAGGUUUCGGUGUUGGGCUAGGCAUAAGGAUUCCAAUUUUGGGACUGGGUGUAGAGUACUCCAAAAAGAUCAAGCGGCUUCAUCAUUAGCGAACAUUAUAGGUAGGUUCUAUGAACUCCUUGUACAUGACAUCGUCCUAAACUCAUUUUGCAUCAAAAUAAAACGCAUUCGCAGCCCUAAUAAAACUGUCUAUCACACGUAAUAACAACUCCUAGGUGAUGCCUAUGCUCGAAAGAUCGUCACAUUCUAUUUCACUCUAGAAUAACGCCUUCAGAAAUUGCACCCCGCCAAAUCAUCAUUCUCUGUUCAUCGCAGAAACCUACAGUGGCUGUACAGGCUUUCUCUCCACUUAUUCGUCGAUACAUGCUAUUCACAAAAAUGCGCGUGCAGCACGUAAGCGGAGCUGAACCAACAACUAUCAUUCGCUAGAAUACCGAUAGAGUUAUGAAGCAAAGUGUGUUACUUUUUAUUCAUACGGUGAUGCUUCACAUGACGGUACUACAAAUAAAUAAGUCUUUAUCGGAA